AUGAGAGCUGUGCCGACUUGGCCCCGCAGGUUGUUUACGCUAGCGCUUCUUGCGCGGGACAGCGCUGCUGCGGAUGGCGAGCAGCAGGUGCUGUUGGGUUUGAAGAAACGAGGAUUUGGCGUGGGCAAGUGGAACGGAUUUGGCGGUAAAGUAGAGGCGACGGAUGCUAGUAUUGUAGCGGCGGCGGCGAGGGAAGUGCUGGAAGAAGCGAAGGUGCACGUCCGGAGCGAGGAUUUCGAGUCCUGUGGUGUGCUGCUGUUCUCGUUUGAGGAGCGCGAAGAAGUCAAGGAAGUGCACGUGUUUUGGACGCACCGGUUCUCGGGCGAGCCGUCAGAGAGCGAGGAGAUGAAGCCGCAGUGGUACGACGUCUCUCAAAUUCCGUUCGGAAGCAUGUGGGCGGACGACAAGAUUUGGCUUCCUCACGUGCUGAGCGGUAAGAUCGUGCAAGGCCACUUUCACUUUGCAGCGAACGAAGACUUUAUGCUGGACUACGAGCUGGAAGUAUCGACGAGACAAGUGACCGGGACUGAGGCACUUUGA